CUCUAUCAGCAACUUCUUCCCCUCAUCGUCUCCGUUCUCUCCGAACAACCACUCAGCUCGUUUUACUCGAAAUCUCCUUGAUUAAGUUGUUGCAGCGACACACUUCUCAAAAUGCUGAUUAAGGUCCGUACACUCACCGGCAAGGAGAUCGAGCUCGAUAUCGAGGCCGACUACAAGGUGUCUCGGAUAAAGGAGCGUGUUGAAGAGAAGGAGGGUAUCCCGCCCGUGCAGCAACGGUUAAUUUUCGGUGGAAAGCAAAUGGCCGACGACAAAACCGCCCAAGACUACAAUCUCGAAGGUGGCGCGACGCUACAUCUUGUCCUUGCUCUCCGAGGCGGCUGCAACGCUCUGUAGACGUCCUGUUUUGCCGGUUAUGUGAAUGACUUACCUCCCUGAUGCGCAUGCGAAACACCCUUGCCCUCUGCCGCGGUGAAAAGCUGGAACAUCGGAGACAGGUUGCGUGAUAGCAAUGAGGGGUUGAGGGGGUUGCGGGAGCGCUUAAUAUACCCAGUUUGAAGACGAGCGUGGUUAUCAUGAUAUCGAUGUUCUGGUAACGGAGAAGCGGGUGCUUGG